CCAGAAAAAAGUGGUCUACGAAAAUAGGAGCCUCUGCCAUCUUGAUGCACCCACACACUGAGAGAGAGAGAGAGAGAGAGAGAGAGAGAGAGAGAGAGAGAGAGAGCGAGAGCGAGAGAGAGAGAGAGAGAGAGAAUGAACUUCCUGCUUCAUACCUCCCUCUAUAUUUAUCUGUGGGUUGUGUUAUACCUGGUGGAGCUCUAAAGACAGGUCGGAAGUGUAGGACUUAAAAGAAGAGUGUGUAAAUAAAACACACACAUGCAUGUAUGUGUAUAUAAAAAAAACUUUAUUGUUUAAUUCAGGAUAUUAUCUUCCUUUUUUCUGGUCAACCCUUAAACAAACAACACGGACGUACUAAAUAUGAGUCGAAACGUAUUUUCAGCUGUGGCUGCUGGAUAUCUGCUGGACAUUAAAUCUUUUAUUGAUUUCAAAGGUUUAUGUGCUCAGUGUUAAAGUGGCAUGAACCUCGAUCUAAAGUAUUUUCACAAGUUAAUGUAUCAGUAUUUGUGAAUGUGGAAUUUAAAGUUUCACCAAUCUGAUACAUGUUUAAUACCCAAUACGGAUUUUUUUAUGCGCACUGUUAAAAGUACAACAGAACAACAAUUGUAUAAAUUGUUGUGAAUAAAUUUGAAAAUAUUGUAAACAUUUAUUGGUUAAAAUUACAUUGGUGUAUGUGCUGAAAGGAAGAAAUUAGUGUUUAGAACCUGUGUUUGUGCUCCUCCCCUUCCCCACCCUCCCUCACUCCAUCUCCUACUUCAUCGUUUUCUUUCUCUUUCUUUUUAGUUUAGUUCUAUUUGUAGUCAGGAAAAUGGCUGAGGCGAGUAUUUCAGUAGAUCAGGAUCAGUUCAUCUGUUCAGUGUGUCUGGAUCUCCUGAAGGAUCCGGUGUCUCUCUCCUGUGGUCACAGUUUCUGUAAGGUGUGUAUUAAUGGCUGCUGGGAUCAGGAGGAUCAGAAGGACGUCUACAGCUGUCCUCAGUGCAGAGACACUUUCACACCAAGGCCUGUUCUACGCAGAAACAACAUGCUGGCUGAAGUGGUGGAGAAACUGAAGAAGAAGACUGAAGUUCAAGCUGCUUCUCCUGAUCACUGUUACACUGGACCUGGAGAUGUGGAGUGUGAUUUCUGCACCGGGAGAAAACACAAAGCCGUCAAGUCCUGUCUGGUGUGUGUGGCUUCAUUUUGUGAAACUCAUCUCAAACCUCACUAUCAAGUUCCUUCAUGGAAAAAGCACAAGUUAGUCGAAGCUUCUGGAAAUCUACAAGAGAAGAUCUGCUCUGAACAUGAUAAAGUGCUGGAGAUCUUCUGUCGUUCUGACCAAAGCUUCAUCUGUUAUCUGUGUAUGACGGAUAAACACAUUCAUGACACAGUCACAGCUGCAGCAGAAAAAACUGAAAAAGGAAGUGUGCUACAGGAGGAGCAGCUGAAAUUCCAGCAGAGACUCCAGGAGAAGCAGAAGAAGGUGCAGGAGCUGAAACAGACUGUGAACACUAUAAAGCUCAGUACACAGACAGCAGUGGAGGACAAUGAGAGGAUCUUUACUGAGCUGAUCAGCUUCAUGGAGAAAAAGCGCUCGGAGGUGACGGAGAUGAUCAGAGCUCAGGAGAAGGCUGAACUGAGUCGAGCUGAACGACUCCUGGAGCAACUGGAGCAGGAGAUUGAUGAUCUUCAGAGGAGAGUCACUGAGAUGGAGAAGCUUUCACACACACACGAUCACAUCCAUUUCCUCCAGACUUUAGUCUCUGGUAGUCAAUCUCUUCCAUACAAUAGACCAGAUUUUCAGACUGAUCUCUGUGAGGAUUCAUCCAGCAUCACUGUUAAUCAACAUCUCUCAUUUCAGAGAAUGAGGAAAUCUUUCUUUGAUCUGAAAAAGAGACUCGAGGAAAUCUGUCAGGAGGAAUUCAUCAAAGUCCCUGAAGAUGCUGCAGAACUUCAGAUAAUUUUACCCUCAGAACCAAAGAGUAGAGAUGAUUUUCUGCACUAUUUCUGUGAUCUGACUCUGGAUCCCAACACAGUAAAUCAUCACCUCGUUCUGUCUGAGAAGACCAGAGCAGCGUCGAGCAGUGAGAGAAAGCAGAGAUACCCUUUUCAUCCAGAGAGAUUUGACUGCUACAGUCAGGUGUUGUGUAAGGAGAGUGUGUGUGGACGCUGUUACUGGGAGGUGGAGUGGAGCAGUGAGGGAUGUGUAGAAAUAUCAGUCUCAUAUAAAAACAUCAGAAGGAAAGGACUGGGUGAUAAGUGUGUGUUUGGACUCAAUAAACAGUCCUGGAGUCUGGAAUGUUCUUCUUCUUCUCUCUCUUUCUAUCACAACAACAUUAAGACCGAGUUCGGUGUUCCUUCUCCGUCCAGAAUAGGAGUGUAUGUGGAUCACAGUGCAGGAGCUCUGUCCUUCUACAGCAUCUCUGACACCAUGAAGCUCCUCCACAGAGUCCACACCACAUUCACUCAGCCUCUAUACGCUGGGUUCUGGCUGCCUUGUUAUGGGUCAACUGUGAGAUUCAAAUGACCAAGAAUAACAUCUUGAGUAACUUUUUUUGGAUUUCAUAUUUUUAAUUAAAGCUUCUUUAUUUAUUGGUGUUCUGCCCUUGACAUCAAAUGCCUUGCUAGAUUCAGCAGUCAGAUAACGCCUCCCAAGGACAAUGGACACAUGGGAUCGUUUAAGCUUUAUUGCUGUCAAUAGAAUAGCGUAAAACUGCAAGGAUAUCGAAUACAGAAUGCUGAGUGUAUAAUAAUGAUUAACACAUUUACAUAAAAUAAACAAGACUCUUCACAGUGUACAAUAAACAUCAGUUAUAUCGGCAAUAGGUUGAAUGAUAAAUUUACCAUCUGACAUGUAAGCUAUAAUAACAAAGAAUGCAUAGAAAAUAUAAUACAACAUAGAAAUUCUAUGUGUAUGUGUAACUGGUGUAAAAAAGAAACUCAUUGAUUUAACCUGACCCUUGUCUAUUUCCUGUAUUAUUAUUUUUUCUUUUUUUUCUACUCUUACAAUUGGUUUAUUAAUGUUUUAUAUCUUCCUACUUUUGGCAAAAGAAUGGUUUAGUGAACUCCUUAAUUAUUGUUUAUAGAAUAUAACUUUAAAAGUAGCAGAACUUUUCUUUGGGAAUUUGUUUGGGGAGGGAAUGUUAUCGGUGGGACACUUCUGUGGGGCUUCCUCUUGUGCAUCAUGCGGUCGCCUCAGUCCGUAGAUAUCUAUAGCCUCAGUCUAUCUUGCGUGUGAGGCCGCAUGCCUUUUUCGCUCCUACCCUCAAUAUACUCUUGUGGUAAUAUUUCUUCUCUAAUCAGUUAGCAUUAUAUAUACUAGUGUGUGCCAGUAAGGGAGAAGCUGAUGCCCCGUGUCUCAACUGUUUAUUUCCUUUUCUUACAGUAAAAAAGUGCUGAAUCUCA